AUGCGUUUCUCAGUUGCCACUCUCAUCCCUCUCGCCGCUCUUGCGGUCCCCGUCCUCUCGACUUCCGUUCGGGCUAGGGACGGCUCGUACGGCGGUGUUGAUAACAAGGGCAAGAACGACCACAAUGACGGUGGCAGCAAAGAUUACAACUACGGCAACAAGGACGACGGACGCAAGGAUUGCACCUGGGAGCCAGUGUUUGAGCACAAGAAAGAUUUCACGGGAUGGAACAAGGGCAAGUACACUCCCUACGACCACAAGGAUGUCAAGAAGGACACCUACGAGAUCGACUGCAAGAACCUUUGCGAGAAGGACGACAAAUGUAACUCUUGUCAGGCGUACUCGAAGGAUGAAUCCGAUGACAAGUUCAUCUGUGAGCUCUUUGAGGAGAUCAUCGACAUCUUAACUUGGGAAGAUGACUGUGAUGAUGACAAGGACGACAAGAAGGAUGACAAGGACGGAAAGAAGGAUGACAAGGACGACAAGGAUGGCCAUAAGUACUACGACACUUCUUGCUGGAACGCCCACUACAACUAGUAGGCUUUCCCCCAGCAACAGGCGGGGUGGCAAUGGACACUUGUAACACUCUGUAUGUAUAGUAGUGUAUACCUUCAGU